AUGAAGCCUUUUACUGCCCUCACUGCCGCUGCAAUCGCCUACGCCUCCGCUGAAACGGAAUUCUGCGGUGAACAGAACAAAACUGAGACUGCCGACUACAUCCUCUACAACAACCUCUGGGGUGCCUUUGACGACCCCAAAGGCCACCAGUGUACGGGCCUCGAUAGCGUUGAUGGCUCAACAAUCGCUUGGCACACGAGCUUCAGCUGGGACGGAACCGCUUGGCAAGUCAAGUCGUUCGCCAACGCAGCGCUCAAGUUCGACCACGUGCCGAUCGCGAAUGUCACCUCGAUUCCCUCGACUAUCGAGUUCGAUUUCGACUAUGAGGGGAAAUUGGUCGCAAACGUUGCGUUCGACAUGUUCACGAUCGACUCUGGGCGGUAA